AUGUAUACAGCUGUAAGCACUUGGCCUGAUGUCGCUUCUGCCGUCUCACAGCUUACACAGUUCUUAUUAAAUUUAGGUCCUGAACACCAUAAUGCUGCUGACAAAGUGUUAUGCUAUCUCGAACGCCAUCGUGCGUAUGCUCUGAGGCUUGGAGGAGGUAGAGAUUUCUCAGUAUCAACAGAUACCUCCUUCACAGAUAAUACACUUGACCGCAAGAGUUCUCAAGCAUAUAUCAUGACUCUUUUCGGAGGAACAAUAGUAAUAACUUCAACUACAGAAGCCAAAUUGUUAGCUCUCGCUCAGGGGGUGAAAGAAGGUAAAUAUGUGCUUUGA